CGUUCUCGGAGAUUCGCCCCGGGUUCGUGCGGCAGGUUCGGCUGUGCUGAGCGGCGGCACUGCGGACCGGAUCAAAGGAUCAGACGUAAAUAAACGGCAGGUGCCGGUGAUGCGCUGAAGCCCCGCCCCUCCUCCGCUGGCACCGUAGCUGUUAUUUAUGAAUGCCCGCCGCUCACGGGCGUGUGCGCGCGCAGUCCUCGUUAUUAUUAUUAUGUUUUAAUAACGGAGACCGGACACCGAUCCAGGCAGAUGUGCGGCUCAGUGCCGGAGCCUGCGAUGCCCGCUCCGCGCGGUUAGAUUCCCGCUUCGUUCCGCUGUGUUCGACGAUAAUACUGGGUCGAUACACCGAACACAGAGCCGUUCGCCGGCCCGCUGCAGCCACAGGAGCCGCCUCACCCCGUCAACCGACAAGGUGUGUUGCUGCAGCAACGGCUGACAGAUGAUGCUCUUGUGAGAGUGGGUGGGGCUACGUGGCCCUGAGGCCUUAAGGAGGAGUCUCAGCCCUAAGCUCCUCCCCUCUCUCGUCCCGAGACAGACCAAACGGACGGACACACAGACGGCUGUAACUCUCCCCUCCCUCCUCCUCCUUCCCCCCUCUCUCCCCUGUUCUCCCCUCCACCUGGCCCCUCCUCCUCCUCCCGGCCACCCUCCCCUGUCUCCCCCCUCGUCCCCUGCCACCAUGCUGUGGUCACGCUGCUGGUGGAGAGCCUGAGGAAGCAGACUCUGGAAGGCGACCCUGCUCAGCCAGGGGACUUGUACCUGUCCCUGCUGGACCCGAAAACCCUCGCAGAGUGCUGGCCCCCAGAUGGCUUGAUGCCUGAGAGCAGCUACUGGCAGCUCUGCCCUCCCUCCAAGUCCGGCCUGCAGGGGGGGUUGCUGAGCUCUAGUUUCCCGCCCGGCCCCUCGGCGCUGGUGCCGCCUGAUGCUCACCUGCAGGAGGGUGGCGACCCCCUGGACGGGGCCCCUUCUCAGCCGCUGCCGCAGCACCGCCCCCUGGCGCCCAGCACCUCAGCGUCCGAGCUGUCCCUCCCCGGAGCGCCGGUGCCCCCUCCAGGCCCUGGACCCCCACCCCCUCCUCCACCACCCAAACGACACUGCCGCUCGCUGUCGGUGCCCGAGGACCUGUCGCGCUGCCGCUACACGUGGCGGCCCAGUGCCUCGCGAGUCUGGACGCCCGUCAGCCGCCAGCAGUGCCACGGUGGAGCAGGGGGAGGGGUCACAGGGGGAGGGGUCGCCGGAGGGGGUGUAGGGGUGGGAGUGACAGGGGGCGGAGCCUGUCCUCUCCGCGCCCCCAGCUCCUCCCUGAACUCGUCGCUGCACUCCUCGUCCAGCCCCACCUUUUUUAGCCUCGCGCUGUCGCCGGACUCGCCACUACCGUGGAGCUUCCCCUGGGACCCCAGUGAGGCAGCGGCGGGGGGAGGAGCCUGCUGCUGCUUCUUCCCCUCCCCCUCCUCUUGCUCCUCCUCUCCCUCCCCACUUCACCCGCCCCCGCCUCCUCAGCGGCGUUUCUCCCUCUCCCCGGUGCUCAUCAGAGACUCUGCUGCCUACCUUCCUGCCCCGCCUCCAGCGCCCAGCCAAGCGGCAGCGGCGCCUCCACCUGGCUGCGUCACGACGGCGGGCGGCGUGACCGCGGGCGGCCCUGUUCCCGCCUCGCCCUCAUCGGCCUGCAGCACGCCGUCGUCUCUGCGCCGCAGCCUCCCGCCGCAGCUACCGCGCUGCCACUCGCAGCCAUGUGACCUGCUGCUCCUGAAACCGGGUCUGAAGAGACGCCGCGACCCCGACAGACCCUGCGCCCGGCCCGUCCUCGACUUCACCAAGAUGACACAGACGCGCAGCAUCGACCCGCAGUGUCUGGAGCGUGGCGGCGGCAGGCUGGCCUGCGGCGGCGACCUCUGCAUGGGCAUGGAGCCCUUCAUGGGUGACUUCCGGGGCUCCUGCUCGCCGGCCGAGUGCCUGGGCAGGACCAGCAUCGGGCCGCUGAGCGAGAGCGACGAGGAGUGCCGCGAGGACGACGAAGGAGAGGAGGAAGCAGACGAGCGUGAGGCGGCGCAGCAGGCGGUGUUCGAGCGGGACUGUACAGAGCUGGACUUGAACUUAAUAGAAGAAAACUGACGUAUUUGUAAAUGAAGGCUGUUCUCUGUU